GAACCCAGGUCAGUGCGCUACAAAGCAUAAGUCUUCGUCGCGAUAUGGGGCGCGGAGGGAUGUUCUGUAGGAGGACUGGAGUCCUAUCAGGGAGAAGCAAAUGUUUCUGCCCCCGGGAAGAACGUUCUGCUUUGCAAAAGAGACAGUGAGGUGAUCGACGGAUUUUUGUUCUUGCUAUCCUCUUCCCAUUGUCUCUGUGCCCGCUGCAAAGGGAAGUAAAGGUCGGGCCUCUACACAGGGCAGCGUGUGUGUGUUUUUGUGGCGUGGUCUUACUUUCCUUGACGGCAGUGGGGAGAGGCAAAGACAUCUGUGUGGCGGUGUGAGCUGGUGUGUAACCCUGUUCUAAUCCGAAGAAUGUAAAAGUGAAACUUCCAGUGGUGGAAGCUGUAUCGCUUUGACGGGCACACCGAAAGAAAAUGCUGCUGAAGACUUUGAAUGCAUCAAAGGGAUAGAGAGGCUGAUACAAGGCAGCUCCAGCUGUGUAGCUUCACUGGAAAGAACUAUUUUGUCCUAAAAGGUGUUGAGGUGACCCUGGCUAGUUAUGCCUGAAAUGGAAACUCCGGAAAAGCAGCCCUCUGAACUCCCUCAAGAUCCACGCUGGAAGCUCCUGGUCUUCUACCUUUGUUUCUAUGGCUUCAUGACCCAGAUCAGACCAGGGGAGAGCUUCAUUACUCCCUAUCUGUUAGGAACAGAGAAGAAUUUCACCAAGGAAGAGGUCACCAAUGAAAUCACACCUGUGCUUUCCUAUUCAUACAUGGCUGUGCUGGUGCCCAUCUUCCUGCUGACAGACUACCUGAGGUACAAGCCAGUGCUAGUGCUGCAGAGCCUGAGCCACAUCUCUAUCUGGCUGCUGCUGAUCUUUGGCACCAGCAUCCUUGCCAUGCAGUUCAUGGAGUUCUUCUAUGGCAUCACCAUGGCCGCACGGGUUGCCUAUUCCUCCUACAUCUUCUCCCUGGUCACCCCUUCGUGUUAUCAGCGUAUGGCCAGCUAUUCUCGUACCUCUGUUCUCAUGGGAGUCUUCAUCAGUUCCGUGCUGGGGCAGCUCUGUGUCACAUUUGGGGGCACCACUUUAAUGACCCUGAAUUAUAUCUCUCUGGGGUUCACGUGCUUUGGACUGAUCCUGACUCUCUUCCUGGAACGCCCCAAACGCAGCCUCUUCUUCAACAGGAGUGAGCCUGUGUGCAAUGGCACCUCACCCACUGAGCUGGAUAAAAUGAAUGCCGGGGAGCCACCAUGGUACAAGACGCCUAGCUGGCAGAAUCUAGUCUUCAUCCGGAUGCUAAAGGAACUGAUGACCAUCGUGCGAUUGCCUCAGCUGAGACUUUGGUCCCUCUGGUGGAUAUUUAAUUCUGCUGGCUACUACCUGGUGUUGUAUUACGUUCAGAUUUUAUGGAAUGAGGUUUAUCCCACCAGGGAUAACAGUAGGGUCUACAAUGGAGGGGUAGAAGCUGCUUCUACACUUCUCGGUGCUAUCACUUCCUUUGCAGCUGGCUACGUGAAAAUCCGCUGGACGCUGUGGUCGGAGCUGGUGAUUUGCAUCGUGACAGUGUUCCAGGCAGGCCUGCUUUUGCUUAUGAACAUGACAGCCAAUAUCUGGAUCUGUUAUGUGGCCUACAUCCUUUUCAGGGGCUCCUACCAAUUUCUUGUGCCUAUAGCCAUUUUCCAGAUUGCAGCUUCCCUGUCCAAAGAGCUCUGUGCCUUGGUGUUUGGAAUCAAUACCUUCUUUGCCACAGUUCUCAAGACAAUCAUCACCAUAAUCAUAACAGAUAAAAGGGGCCUGGCUCUCUCAGUCCAUCCUCAGUUCUACGUUUAUUUUGGCUACUUCACAUUCUUGACCGUGGUGUAUCUGUGUGCAGCUAUAAGGCACAGUGCAUGCAGGGAACCUCAAGAGGCAACAGCAGCCAGGGAACUCUGCAGCCCAGUUGGUGAAGUCCAAGGCAAAAACAAAAGCACAGAACUGGCUAGUAAGUGUGGGAAAGGAGAGAGCCCUGCCUGACCAGUCCCACUUAGAAUACAUCUAAUAGAAGGCUCUCAUUCAGCACCUGUGAAAAUGAUCAUGUAUUUCAAGGUCAAUCCAGCAUUGAUUUCAGAAUAUCCAGUCACUGCGGGGCCAAGCUGGAGAAAGCUUUGUAUGGCUAUGAUACGGGACUUUGUAUCAAGCAGUAUGGAACUGACACUUUGCCAUUCUCUUGGGGUCUCAUUUUACUUCUGCAUCCACUGUCCCCAGGGGUACAAGCUGUGAGGAGGAAGGCAGCAUACACCACUUUAUAGCUUGCCAUAGGGCAAAUAUAUGAAUGGUUUUAAAUGCAGAUGUUUCCCCACCUGGCAAGUGACUGGGGCAACAGAGAAAACAGAUGCAGGCACUUUUUUAAAUAAAAGAAAGCAAUUCACCUUUUUAUAAA